GAGUUCUCCUUCGUUCGCCGUGCAGUGGGACAUUCGCUUAACGAGUCCAAAAUAAAAUGAGCUCUUAUUAACGGGGCUAUUGAAAAAUUUUGCGAUUGAAAAAAACGAAACGGAAAACGGAAAGUUGGAGUGUGACAACGUCCCUCAAAAGUUGUAGCCUGGAAUUCCGACCAGGAGAGUAAGGCGGGUUUAACGGUCAUUUGCUGAGUGUGUGAGUGCGAGUGCGUGUGCCUUCCUGUCAUCCUCCUCGAAUUAAGUGUUGCGUUAAUAUGUCUUUGGCUCCCGGGUGUUCCAGGGCCCAGGCACAAGCCAUAGCCAGUGCGUGUGUAUAACAACAAUUCACUGGCCAAGUUAAUAAGUGCCAGAGUCCGCCUUUUGCCUGUCGCUGUAAUGAAAUAAAGUGUGGCACUGCUUGGGCUCUAGGUGCUUUGUGAAUAAUUAAAACCGAAUUUUUGCGCGCAAUUUAUUUGUGAAUAUCUAAAACGAGAAAGAGAAGGAGCUGGAGCAGGGUGAUGAGACCUGCAGAAUUUUGUUAAAAAUCACACAAAACGUAACGCUAAUCUGCCUCACGUUUUCCACUUGGCCGAGACGGAGUCAUAGCGCGGUACCUGGCAGAAAUUACCCAAAUCAUCAACUUCUCCAGGUUCUCCAUUGCCAUCAAAGGUUGCUGUUAAGUCAAGGGAAAUAAACAUUUAAUGAUGCACACAAACAUCUUCAUUUUAGUUUGGCGUCGUAAAAUAUCGCUUUUGCUGCUUUUAUCUUCAGUUCUACUCUUUGGCCUGUGGACCUGGGCCUAUCUGGAUACAAAUCCCAGCUAUCAACAGGGUUAUGGUGUAAACAACAUACCCGACUCAACGGAUAACAUAGCCAAGGAUUCAUACAAACAUAUAUAUGUCCUGCAAAAACUCAUCUCUCAAGCAAAUCGUGUGCUGCGCUUUCAACAGGAAUCAUCGUCGUCAAAUAAAAUAAGCACCAAAUCGAAGAAGGAUUUACGCUCGCAGACGCAUCCCAAUAGUUUGGCCAAUUCGGGUUUGGGUAGGUUUUUGAAACCCACCAAAAAUCCAACAUCCAUCGUCAUCGAAGAGGCCUCUGCCCAAACGCUGUCGCUGGUUGCACGCCGUAAAAAAGGACCCAUAGUCGGCGAAAGUUAUCUCUUCGAAGAGGAACGUUUGAAAAUUUUGGAAAAUCAACAGCGAGUUCGUAACUCUGCCAUGGAUGAAAUUCAAAAUCAAAUGGAAAAUGAGGCUCAGAUGUUAUCCUCUGCGGAAAGGCAAACGCAGUAUGAACAUGAACUGCAGAGGAUGGGUAUACCCGUGGUGGCCGGCAUUGGGCCAGAUGGGGCAAAGCCACCGCAUGAACGGCUGGUGCAUUUGGAUUUGAAGGGAGCACCACCAAAGAUCUCUUUUCUGAAACAACUACUGCCGGUAAUGAAAACGUUGGGCGCCACUGGCUUACUUAUCGAAUAUGAAGACAUGUUUCCCUUUGAAGGCAAUAUAUCAACACUGUCGGCCAAAAAUGCCUACAAUCGGGAGGAACUAAGGGACUUCUUGGAAACCUGUGCCCACUUUGGCUUCAACGUAAUGCCAUUGGUACAGACCUUCGGCCACAUGGAGUACGCCCUAAAACUACAAGAAUUCGCCUCAAUGCGUGAGCUGCCCGACAGCCCUCAAUCCAUAUGUCCCAGCCAGAAAUCAUCUCUCUUUUUUAUCGAAGCCAUGCUCAACCAAGUCGUGGAGUUUCAUUUACAAGUGGAAACCCUCAAAAUGACCCACAUCCACAUAGGUUGUGAUGAGGUGGCGCGCAUGGGUGAAUGUGUCCAGUGUCGGCAGAAAACCAAGGGGGAACUAUUUCUCAACCACGUCAUAAAUGUGGCCCAUUUUGUCCGGAACAAAUGGAGCCAUUUGAAGGUUGUCAUCUGGGAUGAUAUGUUGCGUGGCAUGACCCUGAGUGAAAUGCAGCACUCGCAGAUUGGUCAAUAUGUAGAACCCAUGAUCUGGGUCUACAUCAAUGACAUCUAUCGUUUUAUACCGCCCAUGUUGUGGGAGCGUUACACUCGAGUCUUUCCCACCGCCUGGGCAGCCUCAGCAUUUAAGGGAGCAUUUGGGGAGAGUCUUAUGAUACCACCCAUACAAAAUCAUUUGGAGAACAACAUACGCUGGCUGGCUGUCAUUGCCAAAGAGGGUGGGAGGUUCUCCAAGGGCUUUCAAGGCCUCGCCUUGACAGGAUGGCAACGUUAUGACCAUUUUGCAGUGCUCUGUGAACUACUGCCCACCGGCAUACCCAGUCUAAUGGUAUCCCUUUCGACCGUAUCCAAGGGAUACUUUGAAACCAAUCCCAAGGAGAAUGAUUUACUCAAAGUUCUUCAAUGUGUCUAUCAGCUGGAUAAACGUCGUUCCGGGCAUCCGUGGCUGGAUUUACAACCGAACUCACAUCAUAAUCAAUUAUUCUCGACCUGUGUCUAUUUGGGCCAUCAAUUCUACAAAUAUUCGCUGAGACUCUAUGAGCUGUUGGCCGAAAUCCAAAUGUAUUUGAAUCAGGUACAGGAACACAGUGCCUGGAUGUCAGAUUAUAAUGUGAGACAUAAUUUCAGUUCACCCAUUCGGGUGCAUGAGCUGACGCAAAAGACACCGAUCUAUAUCAGCGAGUUGCAGGGUAUGUCACGACAGGCCCAGGAGUUGUUGUAUGAGGUGUUUGAUAAGUACACCAUUGCCGAGUUCAUUGAACAGACCAUUUAUCCCACAAUUGGAUCGCUGCAGCGCCAUUUGGCCAAUGCCCAACUGCUACUCCAACCAAAUCACUGGCCUCAACGUCCGCUGCCCAUUGCUCAAGCUUUGCAUGAUUUACAUUUGAUUAGUGAUGAACCACAUCUCAGCGCUGGAGCGCAGUCGCAGCAGCAGCAACACCAUCAACAGUUGCAGGCCCAAACGCUUAGUCAUCAUCAUCCCCAUAUGCCAAAUUAAAGGGAGGCAACAGCUGGCUUCAAUCUCAACGAUAUUAUUUUCCGUCAUAGGAUGUCUUCCGAAGAAGUCGAAAAUGUUAACAUUAUAUAACAACAACAACAAAAACCACAAGCAUCAUUUACCUGGAUAAUCUGCACACAUGUUUCCAGUGGCACAACAACAAAGAAUGAAUUGUAUUUUUCUAAAGAAACCAAAAAACAAAUGAAAGAAAACUCAAAAAAAGAAAACAAAAUUAAAUUGUUAAAAUUCAGGGAUGAGGUGGAGAGCAAAUUGAGAAGGUUGCUUAAAAUUAAAAUUGAGGUUUUUAAAAAAAAAAAAUCUGUAAUAAAAUCAAUAUUUGACCCAUGGCCUAUAUAAGGUCGGCCGCUGAGCCCAUCUGACAACUAAGUUUUUUUGUCCCAAGACAUAUUGUGAUUUAAAAUUCAAAGAGGAUCAAUUGAAAAUUCUCCAAAUCUACUAUGUUUAUUAGCAAAUUAUUGUCAAAAGUAGUCUUCCUGGCUGACCUGAUAUAGGCCAAGGCCAAGAAGACUACUUUUGACAACAAUUUGGCAAAAAAAAACUUAGUAGAUCUUGCACUAUUGUGAUUUGACUCCCUUCGAAUUUCAAAUCACAAUUUGUCUUAUGGCGGCAGACUUGGUUGUCAGAUGGGCUUACGGGCCGGCCUCAUAUAGGCCAUGAUCAAGACCUACAUACAUGUAGGCCAUGGCCAUGAUAUAGACCUUGAUUUGAAACUGGAAGAGAGUCAAAUCACAAUAGGGCAAAGAAUACUAAGUUUAUUGUCAAAAUUGUUGCCAAAAGUAGUUCUCUUGGCCGACCCCAUAUAGGGCUUGAUUUAUUGUUGAAUUAUUGUCAAAAAUAGUCUUCCGGCUUUGGGUCGGCUACUUUUUCAUACCGUUCCAAAGAAUACAUAAAUUUAUUGUUAAGAUUGUUGCCUAAGGUAUUCCCUUUUGGACGACCUCAUAUAGGCCUUGAUUUACUGUUGAAUUAUUGUCAAAAGUAGUCUUCCGGCCUUGGGUCGGCUACUUCUCGAAACCUUCUCUACUUUGCUUUGCUCUCCAUCACAUACCUGAUUAUUCUAAGAACUUGUUAUGUUGGAGAGAUUUUGAAAAUGUGUCGCAAGGAUUUCCUUAAGAAUCCUUUUUUUAAAUAGCAAUAUAAUUGUCAACCGAUUCCCUCUCCAGCUGGCAAACAAUUAGAUAUUGAGCUCAAAAUUGUUUUCAAAUACGAUUUCAAUUUUAUUCUAGUUUAAGUCUUUAGUUUUAGUCGUCUACCCCAAAAAUAAUCUAAUCAAAGAGCUUUAAAAGCUUCUCGUAUGAAAUUCAAUUGUUUAACUUUACAUAACACUUAAUUCGGAAAACAUGUACAGUUUGUCGUAAAAGGA